AUGUAUCCAACACUUUUAACCAAUACGGUUUUUGAAGAGAGUAAAGGGAAAGAGGAAAUUCCGUAUUAUCAACGUCCUGUAACUCCAUCGAGUUUUACUUCUUCAGCGUCAUCGAUAUCAUCGAUAUAUAAACCAACUUACCAUUCUAUUAUUGAAGAUAAUGAGACGUAUAUUGUCAGUCAAAUUUCUUCAUUCAUUAAGGAUAUUACUAGAGAUGUGAGAACUCAUGAUAACGUUAGAAUCAUUAAUAAUUAUGCUAUUCAAUCCUCUCUUGGCAAAGGUCAAUUUGGUAAAGUUUAUAAAGCGGUUUCAAUCGAAAAUAAUAACAAUGAAGGAAGGGUAGUUGCAAUUAAAGUAAUACCAAAGAAGCCAAUGAAUUCUCAGCAAUUCUCCAUGAAUCAGAUACUAAGACAACUACAGAUAUGGAAAAAUAAAGGUAUAAUUACGUCUUCUAAUUCGAUAUCUUCUGAUCAAACCGUAAUUUUAAUGAAUUUGCAGAAAUGUAGAUGGGAAUUGUUUGUUUUAUCAAAACUAGAUAAUCCAUAUAUUACAAAAAUGAUUGAAUGUUUAGAUUCUCCAAAUAGUAAAAAUCUUUGGAUAGUAAAUGAAUGGGGAAAUCUGGGUGAGCUUCAGUGGAAAAGAGAUACACAGCCCCAGAUAUUAGAGCAAUGGGAACCAUUUUUAGAAGGUUGUAAUAAACGAGAUUUUAUUUCAUUUAGUGAAAAAGUUUUGUUAGAUAUUACCAAAGGUUUGAAAUAUUUGAAAAGUCAAGGUUGUAUCCAUAGAGACAUAAAACCUUCUAAUAUAUUAGUAGAUUCCAUUGGUAAAAAAUUCAAAAUAUCAGAUUUCGGUUGUAGCAUUAUCAUACCUUCAGAGUUGUUCAUAAGCAACCCACUUCUGAAAUCUGCUUUCCAACUUGAGUUGCACAAAAUAGUAGGCACACCAGCAUUCAUUGCACCGGAACUAUGUUAUUCAGAAGACUUGACUUUUCAGGAUAAUAUUGAUGAUGGUUUCCAAUUGGAUAUUUGGGCAUUAGGGGUGACAUUAUAUUGCUUACUAUACAAUGACUUACCGUUCUAUGGAGACAAUGAGUUUGAAACUUAUAACAAAAUAUCGUCUGAGACCUUGCAUCAUAAAUUGAAUGGGAAUUAUCUGAACGAUUUAGUGAUUGGUAAAAUCCUUGAGAAGGACCCUUCUAAAAGAAUUAAGAUCGAAGAAUUAUACAGUCAAAUAUUUGAAAAAUAUGAAACAGAUGUUAUAAACAUCGAUGAGAAAAAUCCUGUAUUGAGAGUGAAAAGUAAAACUAAGAUGAAGAAUUUUUUUAGCAAGUUAAAGAAUUUUAAACCUUCAAUUCAAAAUAAUACUGGCGAUUAUAAUAGCACCCCAAAUACCACAACAGAAGUGCCAUUUAAUAAUAAUAUCAGGAACAACAACGAUGUAACUACCAAACAAACAGUAUUAGCUGGUCCUAAUACAAAUUUUUCAAAGUUUGAAGAAACACCUUAUCGACUUUCCAAUGAUUCUUCAGCAUCAUCAAUGAUUUCAAGUCUUGGAUCUCAUUCAACAUCGUCCUCAUUAGCAGGACCUGUCAAGAUUCCAGAUUUGCUAGAUAGUUUGAAAUCCCAAAGUCCAAAUGACUACGAAGCCCACAAUAAUAAUAAUGAUAAUCACAAGACAGUCAUUGACAUUGGUUUGUACACAGAUGAUGAUAUACAUUCAAUGAAAGAAUUAAAUACACCCAGUCGACAUACUAGAACAAGAAGUACAGUUUCGUUGAUUGAAGAAUCUCCAUCUAAGCCACUUCAAAGAGUCAUUACCCAAUCACCACUAUUCUCUAAAAGUGAAGAACUAUUACCAUCAAUUGCAUAUAUUCAGAACUCACCUUUAAGAAAGGUUGAAAAGAAACCACUGCCAGUAAGCAGAGGAAUUGCCCAUUCUAAGAAUAUCAUUGAUUUCAGACAGUACUUAGAUUCAGAGGAUGAUCAAAAUGAGAAACAAACCAUGAAUGGAGGACUAACUUCAGAUUCACUGAGUGAUAUCAAGAAUUAUUUAGCAUACUUAGAUAAAAAUCUUAAUAAUAACAAUACUUAG